AUGAGGCUGGAGGAGAUGCCGUUACGGCUCAACUCGGACGAGCGGGAUUUUGAAAUGGACGACGAAGAGACCGACUACCUUCUGCAGCCCUCCGAGGACAGCAUCCGGCUCCUGACGUCGAGGCGACGGCGCAUUAGCGAUUGCUCCAAGUACCUGAGGAAUUGCCUCUGCGGAUGUUGUACUUGGAUGUGGAGAAGAUGCUGCAGAGAACGGGAAUUAAGAGCCAGAGUUAUCCACAUCGGACAGCCUAUGCAUGAAAAGUUUCCCACCAAUGUUAUAAGAAAUCAAAAAUACAAUGUUGUUACUUUCUUGCCUCUGGUCCUCUUUCAGCAAUUCAAAUUCUUCUUGAAUCUAUACUUUCUGCUUAUGGCUAUAUCUCAAUUUAUACCAGACAUAAGAAUAGGGUAUUUGUAUACAUAUUGGGGACCAUUGUGUUUUGUUUUAACCGUAACGAUUUUCCGCGAAGCUAUCGAUGAUUUUAGAAGGUAUAAGAGAGAUAAGGAAGUCAAUGCACAAAAAUACUGUAGACUAGUCAAGGGUUUUGAUACGCCAGAAUUAGUACCAAGUUCGAAAUUGCGAGUUGGUGACUUGGUGAUAGUCGAGAAAGGUCAAAGAGUACCUGCUGAUCUGGUGUUAUUACGCACAACUGAGAAGUCGGGUGCGUGUUUCGUGCGUACCGAUCAGUUGGAUGGCGAGACAGAUUGGAAACUGAGACUAGCGGUGCCUGCAACGCAAAAAUUGGAAAGCAAUUCUCAGUUGUUUGAUAUUAAGGCCAGUUUGUACGUCGAAAAGCCUCAGAAGGAUAUCCACAGUUUCAUCGGCACUUUUUCGAGGUACGAUGGAUACAGCAGCGAAGAAAGCUUGGGUGUGGACAAUACUCUGUGGGCCAACACCGCUGUGGCAUCAGGAUCUGCUCUCGGUAUCGUCGUUUACACCGGUCAGGAGACACGCUCUCUAAUGAAUCAUUCUGCAAUUAGAUCAAAAGUCGGUUUACUCGACCAAGAGAUCAAUCAAUUGACGAAGGUACUGUUUUGCGCUGUGAUAGGACUCGCGCUCGUAAUGAUGUGUCUGAAGGGAUUCAGCGGCCCGUGGUACCGUUACAUGUUCCGUUUCGUCCUAUUAUUUUCGUACAUCAUACCCAUCAGCUUGAGAGUAAACCUGGACAUGGGCAAGGCGUUCUACGCUUGGUGCAUACAGAGAGACAAGGAUAUCGCUGGUACGGUCGUGAGGACGACCACUAUCCCGGAGGAGCUCGGACGUAUAUCGUACCUGCUGAGCGACAAGACCGGCACGCUGACGCAGAACAAGAUGGUGUUCAAGAAGCUCCACCUGGGCACUAUAUCUUACGGCCAAGAGACGUUCGACGAGGUAACGACGGUGUUGAGGUCUUAUUACUCGAUCAACUCGGAAAACUCGCCCGUGAAACAGGCACCGAGCGCGCACAGCGGCAAGGUGCGGAGGUCCGAGAACACCCGGAUCUACGACGCCGUGCACGCUCUGGCGCUGUGCCAUAACGUAACCCCGGUUUAUGACGAUGUAACGAGGUCCACGAAUCUGGACACGGUGAGCGUACAAACGGGAGAGACCGGAGACACGGGCUCCAUUCAAAGCCAAACCGAAGCCGACCAACAUUACUACUUGCCGGAGCAGAAGCGUAAUUACCAGGCUUCCAGCCCGGACGAAGUGGCCCUGGUGAAAUGGACGGAGGAAAUGGGAUUGGCUCUGGUCAAGCGUGACCUUACUACGAUGCAGUUGAAGGCUUUGAACGGUCAAAUACUGAAUUACACCAUACUGCAGAUAUUUCCCUUCACGUCGGAGACCAAGCGGAUGGGAAUAAUCGUGAGGGAAGAGUCCAGCUCUGACAUCGUGUUUUACCUGAAAGGUGCUGACGUCGUGAUGUCCGGUAUUGUACAGUACAAUGACUGGCUGGAGGAGGUAUGCGGAAACAUGGCGCGUGAAGGUCUCAGGACACUGGUUGUGGCCAAGAAGAAUCUGACCGAGGAUCAAUAUGCCGAUUUUGAGGCGAGGUACAACGCGGCGCGAAUGAGCGUCAGCGACCGCGUGUCGAGGGUCGCCGCAGUAGUCGAGAGCCUCGAGAGAGAAAUGGAGCUGCUAUGUGUGACCGGUGUCGAGGACAGACUGCAAGAUAGAGUGAGGCCUACGUUGGAGCUCUUGAGGAACGCCGGGAUAAAGAUAUGGAUGUUGACCGGCGACAAGCUGGAGACCGCGACGUGUAUAGCGAAAUCCUCGCGGUUGGUCUCGCGCACUCAAGGGCUACAUGUUUUCAAGUCCGUUGUGACGCGCACCGACGCCCACUUGGAACUGAAUACGUUCCGCAAGAAGCAAGAUUGUGCCUUAGUUAUCAGCGGUGAUUCCCUGGAGGUGUGCUUGCAGUACUACGAGCAGGAAUUCCUGGAGCUCGCAUGCGGCUCGCCCGCGGUCGUCUGUUGCCGAUGCUCUCCCACGCAAAAGGCCGAAGUCGUCAGUCUCAUACAGAGACAUACCGGCAAGAGAACAGCGGCCGUCGGCGAUGGUGGCAACGACGUCUCUAUGAUACAAGCUGCGGACGCUGGAAUUGGUCUGGAAGGUCUAGAGGGAAGGCAAGCAUCGCUGGCUGCGGAUUUCUCAAUCUCUCAGUUUAGUCAUCUCGCUAAUUUACUGCUGGUUCACGGCAGAAGAAGUUACAAACGAUCGGCUGCAUUAAGCCAGUUCGUCAUACACCGUGGUCUGAUCAUUUCGACCAUGCAGGCGGUAUUUUCUGCGGUCUUUUAUUUGUCUUCGGUUGCCUUGUAUCAGGGUUUCCUCAUGGUAGGGUACGCUACAAUAUAUACAAUGUUCCCCGUCUUUUCGUUGGUACUGGACAAGGACGUGUCAGGAAAAAUCGCGCUCACUUACCCCGAGCUCUACAAAGAGCUGAGCAAAGGUCGUUCGUUGUCAUAUAAAACAUUUUUUAUGUGGGUUUUGAUAAGCAUAUAUCAAGGAGGGGUAAUAAUGUAUGGUGCACUUAUAAUGUUCGAGGACGAAUUUAUUCAUAUAGUGGCCAUCAGUUUUUCGGCGCUUGUUUUAACGGAGCUGAUAAUGGUUGCUUUAACGAUCAGAACCUGGCAUCAUAUAAUGAUGCUCGCUGAAAUCUUCUCUUUGGCGCUUUAUUUAUUGUCGUUGGUCGUUCUCAAGGAUUACUUCGAUGCUGAAUUCAUCAAAACAACGGACUUCUUGUGGAAGGUACUGGUGAUAACGUUAGUCUCGUGCAUGCCGCUGUAUAUCUUGAAGUUCUUGAGGAAGAAGUUUUCGCCUCCUAGUUACACAAAAUUAUCCUAAAUCACGCGCAAACGCGUCAUCUGCCAUCUGCGUACAGACAUAGACAGAAGAGAGGGCAAAACAUCAGCGUAAUGUAUCAGCGAUAUAGAGGGAAGUGUAUACAGAAGUUUUUUCUUUCUCUUUUCGUUUUCCAAUCCAAUCCAACUAAUAUUACUCAGUUCGUUCGUAGCGAAAUAAGAUAAAUUAUAUGCACCGUUUUAUAUCAACCAACUAUUUUUGUAACGAUUCUAUCGAGGACUAAUGUAACAGGGAAUGCCUACGCUGCGAAACAAGAGCCGGUAAAGUUUCCAAAUCUCCUGUAUUAUACUGCGCACUGGGUGACUUCGUUGAGAUACGGAUUGGAUUUUACGAUGCGAAACCAACUCUCACGAUACUUCGUAUAAUGUUAAUACUUCCUGCAAGGCUUAUCUAUAUCUUAUCUACACCACACAUCCUGGCUUCAGGUGAAAGGAAAAAAUACAUGACUUUUUCUAUCUGAUUUUUUCUCUUUAUAUAUAUAUAUAUUUUUUUUCUUUUUGUUUAUAUAUUGUUAAUUUAUUUAUGAACGUAACGUCAAACUCGAAUCUUCCAUUUUGGUGCGUUUGUAUGCACGUAUCACGGCAUUUACAUAAGUUCGAUGCUUAUCGUUCGUUCUCAAAAUACUAAUUAGAAAUGUUCUAACUGAGAGCACAACACACACAACAGUAUUUCUCAUAUAUCGAAUAAAUCUUCAAGCGUAUCCCAGCGUAUUAAGGGACAAGUAAUCUUUAUUUCUAACGAGAGACUAAUGCAUUUUACUUAAAAAGAAAAAGAAAAAAAGGAAAAAAAAGGAAAGAAAAUUGUUGAACCGAUAAUACGGUUGAGGAAUAGGAUUUGAGUGUCAGAAAUGAAACUGUGAUUUUUGUGAACUAAGUAUAAACGGCAAUUCUUGCACUAACGCUAUUGUAUAGUGAAAUUUAUUCCGGAGCUCUGUUCGAGACGUUUAUUUCCGUAUCCUUCGAAAGUUUCUAGAUUCUCUUACUUCAUCAUCAUUAAGUAUAUGUACUCGCGCGUAAACCAUCAAUACCAGAUUACGUAAUGUGUUUUAUAUUCAUGUAUAUAAUGCAAGCAUGUAGAACAUGUAAACUGUAAUCGUUGUUACCUCUAAUAUGAAUGAGGCGUAUCGCAAAUAAUAAUAGCUGUUUUUAGAAUACUAUUGUUUGCUGAUGUAACGCGUUUGUGAUUAAUUUAUUCGCAAAUAAAAAUAAUAUAUUCCUUUUCUCCCGA